AUGGUCUUGAACGACCACAGCAGCAUGGCGACCUCUACCGUCCCUACCACUAACACGACGACCUCAUCUGGCCCUUCAUUCACCGUGAAAGCCGGUCUAGCACAGAUGCUCAAGGGUGGUGUCAUUAUGGAUGUUGUCAAUGCUGAACAAGCUCGCAUCGCCGAAGAAGCAGGUGCAUGCGCCGUCAUGGCAUUGGAGAGAGUGCCGGCGGAUAUCCGGCGGGAUGGUGGUGUCGCCCGCAUGUCGGAUCCCCAGCUCAUCAAGGAGAUCCAAGCCGCAGUCACUAUCCCGGUAAUGGCCAAAGCUCGUAUUGGCCAUUUUGUCGAAUGCCAGAUCCUCGAGGCCCUCGGGAUUGACUACAUUGAUGAGAGUGAGGUUCUCACUCCUGCUGAUGAUACCUUCCACGUCGAGAAACAUCCCUUUCGUGUUCCAUUCGUCUGUGGCUGCAGGAAUCUUGGUGAGGCAUUGAGGAGGAUCAGUGAAGGCGCUGCCAUGAUCAGAACAAAGGGCGAGGCCGGUACCGGUGACGUCGUCGAGGCUGUCAAACAUAUGAGGACUGUCAAGAAAGACAUUGCGGAAGCACAGGCCGCCUUAGCGGAAGGUGAGGGCGCACUGAGAGCGCUUGCAAGGGAAAUCGGCUGUGACCCCGCGCUGCUGAAACAGACUGCCGAGCUAGGCCGAUUGCCUGUGGUCAACUUUGCAGCAGGUGGUAUUGCCACCCCUGCAGAUGCCGCGUUGAUGAUGCAGUUGGGCUGUGACGGUGUAUUUGUGGGAAGCGGUAUCUUCAAAUCCGGCAAUGCGGCAAAGAGAGCCAAGGCCAUUGUUCAGGCCACCACUCACUAUCAGGACCCCAAAGUUCUGGCUGAGUGUAGUGAAGGAUUAGGUGAGGCCAUGGUUGGUAUCAAUUGUGGUAGCAUGGCCCCUGGCGAGAAAAUGGCCGGUCGGGGAUGGUAG